AUGAAAUCAUCAUCAACAUCAUCAAUCAUAUUAAUACUUAUAUUAGUAUUAUUAAAUCUAUAUUCAAUCAAUUCAACUUAUCUACCAGAAUGUGCCGAAAUUAUAAAUAAAUAUAUUGGUAAUAGUGCACCGUAUGUCGGUAUUCAAAUGACGAUGGUUGAUCAAUCUGGAUUGGUUACCUAUGCCAGAGGUCGAUCUCUAUCAUGUUGUCAACAAUACCCAGAUAUGAUCAUGGGUACUAUGAAUUACCCAGCUGUCUUUAGUAACUCUACCAAUUGUAACGGUCUCAAUGGAGCAGAUCUAGUGCAACCAUUCCACGUUACAGGUGUACGUUCAUUGUUCUAUGACAGAGGAUCAUUCUAUUUCCGUAGUAAUGGAUCGGUUCAAGUUAGUUUGGUCGAAGGUCAAGGACAAUAUAGUUUCAAUCUAACCUAUUGCAAGGACAAGAUAUUGGUAGGUCACACCGACUCUAGAUCAUUUGUCUUUCAUCUAUCCAAUGUAAAUUGGGGAUCUAUCGGUACUGAAACAUGCGGUGAUGCUCCAAGACCACCAUUCCCAAAUCCAGCAGCUCCAUCCAACAAAGUAUCAACUACAUCUACACUCCAAGCAUCAUGGAAUGAAGGAAGCAACUAUUAUAGUCUAUGGGAAACAACUAUUCAAAAUACUGGUGGUGUCAUUAUAAACAAUCUAGUAUUGGCAUCGACCAUGCAACUUAAAGAUGCAACAACCAUGUGGAGAAUGAAUACUGUGUCUCCUGGUAAAUAUACUCCUGUUGAUCCAUCUCUAGGUCCAAAUCAAUCUUAUAAAUUCUCAUUUAUCAAAGUUGGUCAUGAUUAUCCUAUUUUCACUGUUGCCAAUUAA